UACACCUCCUUGUAUUGCAAUAUGUAUUGUGGUAUAUAUUGUGAUACACCUCCUUGUAUUGCAAUAUGUAUUGUGGUAUAUAUUUCAGCUUUUUUUUUAAUUUGUGAGCAACUUUCUUUGUUGCACAUAAAAAGUGAAAGUAGAUUUAGAAUAUCGUCAAUAUUGAUACGCACAGAUCGUUACCGAUAUUUUGUUUCUGAAUCUUCCAUAUCGCAAUAUAUCGAUUAUUUCCGACAGCCCUAA